AUGGAGAAUGAAAAAGUGCAUAUUCGUCAUGUAAUGCUUUGGGAAUUUAAACAAGGCAAUAGUGCUAAAGCAACAGCGGAGAAAAUAUGCACCGUAUAUGGUGAAGGAUUAAUAACUGAUCGGGCAGUUAGAAAUUGGUUUGUAAAAUUUAGAUUUGGAGAUACAAGUUUAAAAGAUGAACCAAGAGCGGGACGUCCUUCCGACUUUGACGACAACCUUUUAAAGACAAUAUUGGAUCAAAAUCCACGACAAUCAACGAGAGGAAUAGCAAAAAGAUUGAAUAUAUCAAAAUCAACUGUUAAUCGUCAUCUGGAGAAAUUAGGGAAAGUCAGUAAAUUAAAAGUAUCGGUACCUCACAAUCUUAGUGAACAGAAUAAAGAAGAUCGCGUAUCAAUCGCCACAAAUCUGCUUUCACGAGUCAAAAUUGAGCCUUUUUUAAAUGAUAUUGUAACAGGUGAUAGAAAAUGGAUACCUUAUGAAAAUAAGAUUAGCAAAAGACGGUGGCUUGACAAGGAUCAACCACCGCAACCACCUCAACCAUCUCUAGAUCCAAAAACAGACAUACAUGGUAAAAAGGUUUUAUUGUGUGUAUGGUGGGAUUGUCGAGGUAUUAUUUAUCAUGAGUUGUUGAAACCAAAUUUAACGAUUACUGCGGAUAGAUACGUUCAACAAUUGCAAAGAGUGCAAGAGAAACUCAAUGAAAAACGUCCUGCACUCGUCAAUCGCAAAAAUAUUAUUCUCUUACACGACAAUGUGCGAUCACAUACAGCAAAGGUGACUCAAGAAAAAAUUCUUGAGCUUGGAUGGUCUGUUUUACCACACCCACCUUAUUCACCAGAUCUUGCCCCAACAAAUUACCACCUUUUCUCUUCCUUGAAAAACUUUUUGAAUGGAAAAACCUUCAAAUCUGAAGAACAAGUCAAUCAGGCUGUCGAAAACUUCUUCCAGUCCAAACCAACCACAUUUUACAAAGAAGGAAUUGAUAAACUACCAGAAAGAUGGGAGAAAGUUAUACAUAAUAAUGGCGAAUAUAUAAUAUAA